AUGAGCUCAAGAAUAGAAAUUCUGAAUGACGGCGGCCUGCGCUCCGAUGGUCGUAGGCCUCUAGAACUCCGCGCGGUCCAAUUCUCUCUCUCGCCUGCCGCGUCCUCGUCUUCCUCGUCCUUCACAACUGAAACGCUUGGAAUGGCAGAUGGUAGCGCGAGCGUGAGCAUGGGCCUUACGCGCGUCCGUGCCGCCGUAUUUGGUCCGCGCGAAAGCCUGUCCCGAGCGCAGGCGAUACACAACCGUGCGAGCGUCAAUGUGGAGGUUGUAAUGCCGCCUUUUGCAUCAGGCGAUGCACGACGGAGGAGACCUGGUGCACGAGAUAGGCGAACACAAGAGCUUGCUACGUCUCUUCGCGAAACCUUCCAGCCAGCCAUCCUCACUGCCCUCUACCCUCGCGCCUCUAUCGAUAUCCACAUACAUGUCCUGCAAUCCGAUGGCGGUCUCCUCGCAGCCGCAAUCAACGCUGCAUCCCUGGCCCUUGUAGCAGCCGGCGUUCCUUUACGAGAUACCGUCUGCGCCGUAUCAGCAGGAGUGCACACCGCAACAGCAUUACUGGAUCUGAGUGCUCUGGAAGAGAACGACGUGCCACACGCGACAGUAGCGGUGCUACCAAGAAGUGGCGGCAUAGCGCUCGUCAGUAUGGAAACAAGAUUGCAUGUGGAUAGGUUCGGAGAGAUGUUCGAGAAGGCAGGAGAAGCUGCGAAGGUGCUGGCGGUCGAAAUGAAGAGAGCAAUCGGCGAUAGGAGCGAAAGAUUACUGGCAGCGAUGGCGUCGGGAGUUGGAUCAGGAGGAGCUGGUACGGCAGAAGGCGACGACGAUGCGAUGGCGCUUGAAGCUUGA